CUUAGUUGUUACACAACGUAUCGAAUCUUGAUUUUGAUCUCUUUUGAAGAUGUCAACCAGGCGAGCAUUGCAUUUUGUCUUUAAAAUCGGCAAUCGCAAAGCUAAUGCUAGGUUUUAUAGAGACCUGCUUGGUUUAAAGGUUUUGCGACAUGAGGAGUUUGAAGAAGGUUGCAAAGCUUCAUGUAAUGGACCAUAUGAUGGCAAGUGGAGCAAAACAAUGGCAGGGUUUGGAGCUGAAGACAACCAUUUUGUUGUUGAGUUAACAUAUAAUUAUGGCAUUAAAAAAUACGAGUUGGGCAAUGAUUUCCAGGGUCUGACAGUUUUCUCAAGUGAUGCUGUAAAGAGAUUCAAGAAUGAUGCAAAUUCGCCAUUAGAUGACAUGGGUAAUGGAACAUACAAAACUCAUUCACCAGAUGGAUAUACAUUUUACCUUGUUGAUGAAAAUAAAAAACAAGAUCCUGUUGAUAAAAUUUCGUUGGGUGUAUCAAAUCUUGAAACAUCAAUGAAAUACUGGCAUGAGUUAUUGGGAAUGAAAUUGUAUAAACAGCAAAGUGACCGAGUAUUACUUGGGUAUGGUGAUGACCAGUGUAAGUUAGAGUUAGUUAGCCUUGCAGGGCAAGUUGUGGAUCAUGCAACAGGGUUUGGUAGGAUCGCAUUCAGUUGCCCACGUGAUGAACUACCUGAAAUUCAGGCAAAGGUUAAAGAGGCAGGUCACGUCAUCAUCACCCCCCUGGUACGUCUGGAUACUCCUGGCAAAGCAGCUGUUGAGGUCAUCAUUUUAGCUGAUGUGGAUGGCCAUGAAAUAUGUUUUGUUGGUGAUGAGGCAUUCCGGGAUCUUUCACAGGUUGAUCCUACAGCAAAAAAUUUAUUGGAAGAGGCAAUGGAUAGAGACAAAAGUGAUGAAUGGUUUGCAAAAAGAGAAACGAAAUAGAUUGAAAAAUAAAAUAAUGGACUUUACCGCUUCUGUAUUCCACAGAUUAAUCAAAAUACUUUCAGUACCAGCCAGGAAUCACUUUUCAAUUUCAUAAUGCACUAAUUCUUAAAGAACUAGACAAGAAAAAGGAAUGGCUUUUUAGUUGUCAUUAGGUUAGGCAUGCAUGUCAAAAAUAAAGCUUUAGUGAUAAGAAGCUUAGAAGUUUAAAGGCAUUAUAGGCGUUUCAUACACGUGCUCUCCUACGCAUGUGAUGAUAUCACACUUCAUAGGAAGUCAUAAACUCUCUAGUUCUAUGUACUAGUUCAAGGGUUGUCAAUAGUUGACCAUAUUUGCCAUUGACUUUAUGUGUUGUAUUUUAAUGGUAGGAAUGCUUAUUAGCCAGUGCGAUUCUCAGCUCGAUUUUUGCGCAAUGAUUUUCCAAAAUUUCGCAAUUACAUCAUUUACAUGCCUUGGUAAUAUCAUUAAUUAACCAGACUAUCAGAGAUCAUUAAUUUGAGUACAUUAUUAAAUCAUUUAGAAA